AUGGGAACAAAGUUUAGAGCAUCAGUUAUCACUCUUUUUCUUUCAUCCCUCCUUCUUGAUCAGCUGGUGUUUUCUGAAUCCAACGAUGGAUUAGUGAGAGUUGGACUGAAAAAGUUUAAGUUAGAUGAAAACAACAGGAUCGCUGCUCCUCGACUUACCCCGCAACUACCGGAUUCUCAAAAGGAUGGCGUCACUGUAAGGCUAAAGAAUUACGAUAACAUGCAGUACUACGGUGAGAUUUCAAUCGGUACACCACCGCAGAACUUCACUGUGCAUUUUGAUACAGGAAGCUCUAAAAUGUGGAUACCUUCAUCAAGGUGCUGCUUAUCUCGUUGGUGUUUCUUUGCCCGUCGUUCAAAAACAUCUAAAAGGAACAAAUACAAUUCCUGUCGUUCAAGAACGUAUAAAAAGAACGGAACAUCUGCUGAGAUACACUAUGAUUCAGGUUCAAUAUCUGGCAAUGUUAGCCAAGACAAUGUUAUAGUUGGUGGUUUAACAAUCAAGAAUCAGGGCUUUAUUGAAGCAACAAUACCGCCUGAUUCUGCGUUACAGUCUAGUAAGUUUGAUGGCGUUCUUGGCCUUGGAUUUAAGGAGCUAAAUGAUUUAGGUGUUGUUCCAGUAUGGUACAACAUGAUGAAUCAGGGUCUGAUUCGGAAUCAAGUAUUCUCAUUUCGGCUUGAUAGAAACAAAAAAGAAGAGGAAGGAGGUGAACUUGUGUUUGGUGGGAUUGAUCCAAAGCAUCACAAGGGGGACCAUACUUAUGUCCCUGUGACCGGAAAGGGUCAUUGGCAGUUUGCUACGAGUAAUGUUUUAAUCAAUGGUCAAUCAAUAGAUUUGAUUGUUCUACAGUUGUGGAUUCUGGAACUUCUUUGUUGUCAGGUCCAAUGGAUUUUGGGGGACAUGUUCAUGGGUCGUUAUCACACCGUAUUUGACUAUGGAAAAUCUAAAAUUGGAUUUGCAGAUGCUGCAAAAUAA